AUGACUUCACUGUCGGGGACUAAGGAGAGGUCUGUGAGCAGCCGGAGCAGAAAAUAUGGGAUGCCCGACACAUCCCCGACCAAAUCUUCCUCCUUUUCCCCCGACACAUGGUACCGGAAGGCCUAUGAGGAAAACACCCGCUCCGGCACACGCCCUGCCCCAGAGGGUGCCGGCUCCAUGCCAAGCUCCACGGGCACCCCGUCCCCAGGCUCAGGAAUCUCCUCACCAGGGUCCUUCUCUGGAUCACCGGGGACCAUCUCUCCGGGGAUUGGUACGGAAUCGCCUGGUUCUCUGGGUGGCUCCCCAGGUUUUGGGACAGGAUCACCAGCCUCAGGCAGUGGAAGUUCCCCUGGUAGUGAGAGAGGGAUAUGGUGUGAGAACUGCAAUGCUAGGCUGACAGAGCUGAAAAGACAAGCACUGAAACUGCUCAUUCCUGGACCUUACUCCAGCAAGGAUCCCUCCUUCUCUCUCCUCCUUCAUGAUAAGCUUCAAGUGCCCAACAGUUCUCGACGGGCAUGGAACGAACGUGACAGUCGCUGUGAUGUCUGCGCCACUCACCUUACUCAGCUCAAACAGGAAGCCGUGCGCAUGGUCCUCACUCUCGACCAGUGGGAUUUGUCUCCACCAUCCUCCCCUCCAGCCCUCAUCGGACGAUAUGGAUCUCAAGGACCUCCGGGUCCAAUGGGAGCAUCUGGAGCACUAGGAGGUCCUGGUUUACGGGAUUGGAUUCCUCCUUUUCUUCCUUCCUCCUCCUCCUCAGCUGCUGCUGCUGUUUCACACUCAUUGGGGUCCAAGCCCAGCUCCCUGGGGCUUGGAGGUGGGGUGGACAGAAGGAAUGGGUCUCCCAGUUCAGGAAAAGCUGGUUCCCAACAACAACCAGUGACUGGAGUAAACAGUCCUGGCAAUAAUAGUGUACUGAGUACAGCAGCCCUGCAGGCCCAUCAGCACCUGAACCGAACUAAUGGAGGAGUUACACUUUAUCCAUACCAGAUCUCCCAGAUGAUCUCCGAGGACUCCAGAGAAGGUUUGACUGAGGCUGCCCUGAACCGCUACAACACACACUCUCCUUCACACACAAGCUCUCCUUCUCACACUCCAGCUGUAACCACGACGGCUCCGACCACCACCUCUGCUGCCGCCUCCUUCUUUGCCAGAGCUGCACAAAAGUUAAACUUAGCAUCCAAGAAGAAGAAGCAGAAGACCGCUGCAGUCACGGCCCCAGUGACAUCAUCAUCACCUUCAUGUGACCCCCCUCUGUUCCCCACCAAUUUUAGCUCCGCCCUGUUGAUGGCCCCUCCCCCGGCUCCACCCUGCCUCCUCCGUGCAGCCAACAAAAUCAAAGAUACCCCUGGGCUCGGAAAGGUGAAAGUGAUGGUGCGUGUGUGCCCAGUGUCUCAGUCGGACGCAGCAGAGUCCAGUUCCUUCCUUAAAGUGGAUCACAGGAAGAAACAAAUCACCAUCAUGGAACCCUCAGCCAAUCAGACACCAAGCACUGCCUCCCAGAAAAAGGCAGGAGCCAAUCAGGUCCCUCCAAAGAUGUUCACCUUUGAUGCUGCGUUCCCUCCUGAUGCAUCACAGGCGGAGGUGUGCGCGGGAACGGUUGCCGAGGUGAUUCAGUCAGUGGUGAACGGAGCAGAUGGCUGUGUCUUUUGCUUUGGACACUCCAAGCUGGGAAAAUCCUACACCAUGAUUGGCCGUGAUGACUCUCUCCAGACCCUGGGUAUAAUCCCCUGUGCCAUCUCCUGGUUGUUUAAGCUAAUCAAUGAGAGGAAGGAGAAAACAGGAGCACGCUUCUCUGUUCGCGUCUCUGCAGUUGAGGUUUGGGGAAAAGAGGAGAACCUUAAAGACUUGCUGUCUGAAGUAUCGACAGGCAGCUUACAGGAUGGACAGUCACCUGGAGUCUACCUGUGCGAGGACCCCAUCUGUGGCAUGCAGCUCCAGAACCAGUCUGAACUGCGUGCUCCGACCCCAGAGAAGGCAGCCUGGUUUCUGGAUGCAGCCAUAGCAGCUCGCCACAGUAGUCAACGCCCCAACACCACCGAAGAAGAACACAGAAACUCACACAUGCUGUUUACAUUACACAUAUACCAGUAUCGAAUGGAAAAGACAGGCAAAGGAGGGAUGUCAGGGGGUCGCAGUCGCCUCCACCUGCUAGACCUGGGUAGCUGUGAUGUCAAAGUACUUGGAGGAGGAGGAGCAGCAGGGGGCAAAAGCAAGGAGAACUCUUCGCCAAGUUCGGCCCCUCUGUGCCUUUCCCUAUCUGCCCUCGGCAACGUGAUCCUGGCCCUGGUCAACGGGAGCAAGCACAUCCCAUACAAGGACAGCAAGCUGACCAUGUUGCUAAGGGAGUCGCUAGGCAACAUGAACUGCCGGACCACCAUGAUUGCUCACAUCUCUGCCUCACCCAGAGAUUUCUCAGAAACCCUUUCCACCAUCCAGAUUGCUUCCCGCGUCCUCCGCAUGAAAAAGAAGAAAACUAAACAAUACACGUCCAGCUCCUCUGGAGGAGAGAGCUCCUGCGAGGAGGGUCGCAUGCGUCGUCCGACCCAUCUGCGACCUUUCCAUCACCGCGGUGACACUGACUCUGACCUUCCGUUGCUGCGACUGUCCAGUGACCCUGACGAAUAUUCGAGCAGCGAGCAGUCAUGUGACACGGUCAUCUAUGUGGGCCCGAACGGGGCGGCGGUGUCAGAUAGAGAGCUGACGGACAAUGAGGGACCACCAGAAUUUGUGCCAAUUAUUCCCACUUUGCUUCGAGGUAAAACUUCAGAGCAGCAUCAAACACAAAGUCAAAGUCAGGCAGCUGGAGCCCAGAACAAGUGCCUGAAGUGCAACACCUUCGCUGAGCUGCAGGAGAGACUGGACUGCAUUGACGGCAGCGAGGAGGUGGCAAAGUUCCCCUUUGAAGAGAUUCCAGCGAGCAAACAAGGCGCCAAACAAGAGCCAUGUCCGCCUUCAGCUGUCCCAACCUCAGCUCCCUCUGCUCCUGGCUCUGCUGAUGUGUUGGAUACAGAAAUCAAAACAGGAGGUGCAGUGCAGUUAUCCUCCUCAGCAGCAGUAGCAGCAGCAGCAGCAGCAGCCAGGAGAAGGACCAAUGACCAGCAGCUGCAGGACAUCAAGGAGGUGGUGGAGGAGGCAGAGCUGGCCCGGACCAUGAUCCACAGUCUGGCACAGACUUCUGGUUCCCCAAUAGUUACUAGUACCAGAAGUGUUACAGGAAGCAGCAGCAUCACCUCGAACCCCCUGCACAGGGCUAAGAGCUCCCUGCAUGACAGCCGCGAGAGUCUGAAUGUGGGCAGUAACACUGAGGGGAAGGCACGGCCGUUAGGAUCACCGCGCCUCGGCAUUGCCAGCCUGACCAAAACCUCAGACUACAGGCCUCCGUCCUCCCCGUCCCAGCGGUGUAAAGUGUACACCCAGAAGGGCGUGAUGCCGGCAACGCCCCCUCUGUCCUCACACACUCUGGCUCAAGAUGGCCAGACCACGGAUACUUUGACUUCAGACAACAGUUUGGCGGCAGACAGCGGCCGAUCCUCCACAGACUCCCUGCUGUCCAGGACUUCUCCGGUGGGCAUGAGCCCACAAGUCCGAGAGCCAACUCAGUCUCUGUCUGCCAGCCUGGGAUCAGCUGAGACACUGUGCGACGAUGACGUCCCACCAAUACCCCUGGACACGCACAGGGAUGCCUCAGGGCCGGUAGGAUCUGUAGGAAGAGUUGGAUCUCUCUCACUUGGGGAGGAUGAACUAGUCUACGCUGUGGCUUCUGGAGGCGAGGAGGACCUUGAUGUGACAGCUCUAAUGGACACCCAGGGCCUGACCUGUCGUCCAACGAGCAUCAUAAGCUUUAAAAGCGACUGUUGCUCCAUCACUGCCUUUGCCUUGGGCUCUCAAUCCGUCUGCGUCAUCAGCGGUACUGCUGAGGAUGGAGCUGUGGAGGAUUAUCACAUGGCUGAAGGUUCUGCAACAACCUCAGGGGUUACAGAUGUUGUUGCCAUGGCAGAGGUGGCCAUGGCCAAGCUGCGGAUAGAAGGUGAAGCCUUAGCCACAGUGUCUAACUGUGGUUCACCCAUCUCCUCCUGGAUGAGUGAUCUGAGCGUGGGCAGUGAAGCUGACCAGUCUCUCCACAGCUUCAGUCAGUCCCGCAGCCAGCAAGGGGAGGCCCUGGCUGAACUUGAACCCAACCACAGCCUUUCGUUCGGAGUGGAGGGGCUGGGUGGUUAUGAAAGCUGUGGCAGCCCAAGAAGAGGGAGUCUGGAAGGACAGGUGGUGCUGUCAGAAAACGGGAGUGAUAAGGCAACUCCAAACAAAGACAGGCUGAGGAAAAUGCCUCCAUCCAUGGCUAAAACUAACAUCCAAAUACUCAAAGGACCUAGUAACCUCUCUCCCUUCAAGACCACCAUCAGUGUGCACCCAUGUGUGACUGUCAAACCCAUGGUUAUACAGGAACCAACCAUUCUCUCUUCACCUACCAAGACCAGCUUAAUGAAAGACCCAGGCAAAUUUAACGUACCACUUUUAGCUUCUAUCUCCAGUGAGAUGAGAUUUGAAGACCCCUGGUUGAAGCGUGGCAUGGAGGAGGAAAGGUCAAGGGAGCUUGUAUGUGAAGUGAAGCCAGAGAAGAGGGACAUAGAGCAUUCAAAUAGUCAGGCUGGAGCCGGAACCGGAGACCACAGGAGCUUCUGCAAGGAUGGUGGGGAUCAUGGCAGCUCUAGUUCAGGUGGUGAGGUUGUGUCGUCUCCAGAUUCCUUUAAAAGAGUGGUGGAUGGCUGUGAGAUGGUCGCUGUUGUUGCCCAUGGAGAAUGUCUGACUAGUAUCUACAGCCCAGAUAUCCACCGUACUGCCAGUCUUCCCCGCGGCUGGCAUCGUCUCAACCGCCACGACGGCUUGGACAAUGGAAUCGAGUACCGUAAUCUUGGCGUCACCAGUUCAACUCCCUGCAGUCCCCACGCCACACUUGACUGUAGAGGAUCUGGAAAACAGGGCUUUUUCUCCCACAAGAAGGGGGGAAUCCCACCUCUGCCACCGGUACGUAAGUCAAGCCUCGACCAGCGGAACAGGGCAGCCAGCCCUCUGCACCAACCCAGCCAUGGAGUCUCAUUACUGGGCAGCUCAGUAGAUGAUGCAGGGCUCACCAGACAACGAGGCUCCAGCAUAGACAGCAGCAGACUUUUCAGCGCCAAGCUGGAACAGCUUGCAAACAGAACCAACUCUCUGGGUCGGGCCCACAGCUCCCACAGUGGUUCACACCACUAUGACUGCUUCUCUCUGGAGAGAGGGGGGAGCCUGAGAGGGGGGGGGGAGGAGGAGGAGGAGGAGAGGAGGAGGGUGAGGGGGGACAGCACCAUGCCUCGUACUGGGCGCAGCCUCACCCGUGCUGGACCAGUAUCUUCUCCUACUGGAAACACUGGCAGCUUCACUUUCAGUGCCAGUCCUGCCAGCGGCCAGUCAAAGAUCUCAGCGGUCAGUAAGCUGCUGAUGACCAGCAGUCCUAAGGCCAGGAGUCUGUCUGCAUCCAGCACCAAGACUCUCAGCUUCUCCACCAAGUCUUUAAGCCAAGCUUCCAGCCGCAGCUCCAGCCUUCCUCCUAAUGGAAAGCAGCAGGGACCUUCCCCAGGAUCCUGGUCUACCCAGUCUUUGAGCCGCAGUCGAGGGGGAAGCCUGGCUGCCAAGCUGCCUCUCCGGGCUGUCAACGGUCGAAUCUCGGAGCUCCUCCAGGGAAGUGCAGGCUCUCGUUCCAGGAGUCAUUCCCAGGGAGGUGGCCUGGGAGAGGAGAAGGCAGCAGUGGUCCAAACGCUGCCCUCCCCUUACAGCAAGAUCACAGCUCCCAGAAAACCACAUCGCUGCAGCAGCGGCCAUGCUAGUGACAACAGCAGUGUACUGAGUGGCGAGCUCCCCCCGGCCAUGGGGAAGACAGCCUUGUUUUACCACAGUGGAGGCAGCAGCGGCUAUGAGAGCAUGCUGAGAGACAGCAGCGAGAACACAGGAAGCACCUCCUCCGCUCAGGACUCUCUCAGUGAGCACAGCUCAGCCACCACCUCCUCCAGACGGAGCUCCAAGAGCAGCAAGAAGAGCAGGAGCAACACAGGCCUCCAGCGUCGUCGUCUGAUCCCAGCACUGACCUUGGACUCUUCCUCCUCAUCACCUUCUCACCGCUCCUCCAAACAGACCAUCACUUCCUCUUCUUCCUCCUCCUCCAGCCCGGGUGCAUGCUGGGUAGAUGGCCCACUGGGGCCCCCAACUCCCUCAAACCUCCGGGGUGCGACGGCAACGACAGAAACCUUUGAGAUCAAGGUGUACGAGAUAGAUGACGUUGAGCGACUGCAGAAGAGGAGAGACAAAGGAGGGAGCAAGGAGGUGGUGUAUGUCAGUGCCAAGCUCCGUCUGUUGGAACACCGUCAGCAGAGAAUCAGUGAAGUCAGAACCAAGUACCAGUGUCUGAAGAAGGAGCUGGAACAAACCAAACAGUACCUGAUGCUGGAGCCGCACAAAUGGACUACCGAGUUUGAGCUACAGCAGGCCUACGAAGUUGACUCACUGGAGUAUUUGCAAGCUCUGGAGACCGUGACGGACAAACUGGAGACCAGAGUCAACUUCUGCAAAGCCCACCUCAUGAUGAUCACCUGCUUCGACGUGUCCUCAAGACAUCGGUAGACAGAUGGAGUGACGGAGAGCUGGAGGACGGAAAGGCAGAUACACAGCUACAAUUAGAUGUUGAUAUUUGGACCCUUUACCCACCGAUUAAUAAUAAAAAUAUAGAAACAUAAAAAACAACUCCUAAAUAAAUACAUCUCAUUGGAUGAGUUGGAAGGAGGGAUACAGGGAUGGACUGACCACUCAAUCCUGCAUGUUAUCCUUAUGUCUCCUCCAGAUGUAAGUAGGCAGAAGGACAGACGGACGGAGAGAUGGAGGGAUAAAAGGAAUCAAGAUAUAUAGAAAUAUUUAACAGGCCAACAGACAGAUGAGUCCGGAUAUUUUUUCUUAGGGCUUGAAAACAACCUGAAAAACAUUGAACAGCAUCAAAUGAGCGGGCCACUUUGCAUCAGAUAAAUAAAACUGCCAAAAGAGGCAGAGAGACAGUUCAGAGUCUAAAAAGAAACAUCAAACAUAAGCAAGAGAACCAGGUUUUCCAGAAUAAUUAGACUGCUGAGACAUCUCUUAGACAGAGUUGAACAUUUAGGGAAUGUAUGGAGAGAAAAGGAGUAGAGAGAGGAACAAAAACUGCCAUUUUUUUAAACAAAAAGGAUAAAAAGAGGUGCAGGAGAGGAGAAGAACAACUACUCAUCUUCUAUCAUUUUAGGAGAGCACUUUUUAGAGUUUACGUAGUUGAGAGCUAUUGGUAGUAAAUAGAGUGCUGACAGCAUGGCCUGGUGUUGUUGUGCAGUGAAUAAAAGAGACUGACCAAGAGAAAGACAGAAGGACAAAGGAAAAUGAUUUAGAUAAGUGCCUUGUGAACAAUUCAACAAUACCAUGACCAAUUAUCUUUCUCUCUGAAUUUGUGUACAUGCAGUAUGUCUGGUGCUAGCAUAUAAAAAAAGACCACAAAAGAUCAGUGUUCUUGGAAAAUCUUUGAAUUUAUAGCCAUUUUUUGAAUGUGAUGUUUAACAGUGGGUCAGUGUUUCACUAUAUAAUAAACAAGCCAAUACUGUAUGUUUGUAUGGUCUUUGGUACACUGAUGAGAGAUUAGACUAAAUUUAAACUAAAACAGUUAACAUACAGACCUACAGAACAUGGACACUUACACCAAGUCCACCUUUAAAACAGCAUGUUGCAAGGACCAAAAAACAAUUAGAAAGAUGUACAUGAUUUUCCCAGGACACAGAGUUAUGUGUCUCAAGUUUAAACCAAGAAAAAUGCUAGUUUCUUGUGCUGUUGUUUUUGACUUUACCCACAAACAGAGCACAUCUGAAUUUUGACCCUCUGGGGACCGUAUGUUUCCCCUGAUACAGGUGAUGGCUUUUUCAUGUUCACAAAGCAAUGAAAUGUCUGAGUCACACAGGAGUGGAAAUGAAAAUGUUUUUUCUCUGAUCCGUGUUAAGUAAAUUGAUCGAUUGACUUGACUGACUGUCUGUUAUUGUAUCCGUGUUGUUCUGCUCUAUUCUAAAAGAAACUGAAUGAUUCGUCAAUGUGUGUUUUAUAUUUAGGUAUUCUUUUUUAUUUGAGUGCAAUGGGACCAUGUAGAGACUAUGUAUGAAAGUAAGAGAGAGGAAAUAGGUUAAAGAGAUAUUCAACAGUAAAUUGUGAGGAAGACACAGGUACAGGAUAGGCCCAUUGAUACAGUGUUAAAAUGUCCUAUUUUUAUGGCCUGUAUUAUUGAAACAAAAUAAAUUUAAACUGUGUACGUGGGACAAUUAUGGUUGUGGGCUAUUUAAAUAGUUCCAGUAUUGUCUUUUAUGAAAAUGACACGGACAAUCUAAAGGAACAAUUAAAAUAUAUAUAUAUAAAAGGAAUGAAAGAGGACUAAAGAAAAAAAAAAAAGGAUUAUGACCAAAUUAAGAGGCAUAGAUCUCUGCCUGGUUCCAUUUGUUUUUGGAGAAAUAGCAACAAGAUUUGUUAAUAUUAUCAUCUAUGGUGCUUGAGAUGUUCAUGAUCUAAAUGUUUGUACAAAUAUAAAUAUAUGAAAGAGCCUGUUUCCCUCUGAAAUACAGAACAAUACCCUUCGAAUGCUUCUUCUACAUCGCUGUCAUCACGUCUGUUGGUCACCACCCCUCUCCGUCUGAAUGGCUUUCACCCAGCAAGCAUUCUGGGAGAUCCUGUUUGUUGUCUGAGAGGUAAAACGAGGAAUAGACACCGACUAUAAUGAUAUUGGUAUGAUUUGUCAAAAGCAUCGUAGUGCUAAUUUUACUUUUAUUAUCCUAAUAGAACAAACUCAGAGAAACAGGAAAUUAUUUUAAAUGUGUUGAUGUUCUCAUGGCUGUAAAGAGGUACCACUGUACCAGUCAUUCAUUGCAUGUGGUGUACACCUGCAGAGACAGCCACAAGAUAAUCUAGUGGGUAAUUACCCCAGAAACUGUGAUGCUUUUGACAGACUGGACCUAAGAAGCGUUUUCCGACAGAAGGUGGGCAAACUAGCCCUGCGACACCUCCUGGCGCUUCCUGUUUUUAUCUCUCAGUUCACCGAAGUCAUGAAUGAAGGUUUAUUUAUUUGAGUUCAGGAGAGCAGAGUCGCUUAUUAAUGUUCUUAUUUAUUUACACCUUAUGAUCUUAAAAGUUACUAUGCAUUUAAGAAAAAAAA